AUGUUUUUAUUAUUCCAGGAAAAGGACACGCGAAAGCCCUGAACUGCGUCAACAAUUGUUUCUAUGAUACAUUUGGGAUUUUAGCCGACGUUUGGCAUGGCAGCAAGGCACUGCUGAAUAAUUCAUGGCUUUGUACCUGGACGGGAAUUUAUUGAGCAAAAACAUGGACACGUCGAACUUUGCUCAUGUCAUCUUCCAGAAUGUGGGGAAAGGUUACCUGCCUCACGCUGCCCUGGAGUGUCACUAUACCCUGACACAGUUCAUCAAACCACACCCAAAGGAUUGGGUUGGCAUAUUUAAGGUUGGUUGGAGCACAGCAAGGGACUAUUACACAUUCCUGUGGUCGCCUCUCCCUGAGAACUACGUGGAAGGCACCGCAGUCAACAGAACCGUGGUCUUUCAGGGAUAUUAUGUGCCCAAUGAUGACGGUGAGUUCUACCAGUUUUGCUACGUUACCCACAAAGGGGAAAUCCGGGGGGCUAGCACACCAUUCCAGUUUCGUGCCAACAGCCCCUCGGAGGAUGAGCUGCUGACGGUUGAGGAUGAAUGCAACUCUGACAUCCUCGUCGUUACCACCAAGGCCGGCUUCCUCGAGCAAAAAGUGGAAGAAGCUCAAAAAGAAAGGGAUGAGCUCCUCAGAAACAUGGCCCUCCUGCAGCAGGAGAAGGAGCAGCUGGAAGCGGAGAAGGAGAGCCUGCAGAAGGAGUGUGAGCAGGAGAAAGAGAUCUGUGCCCAGCUGAGAAGAGAGAGCCAAGAGGCGCAGCAUUCAUCCCAGGCCCUUCAGGAGGAGAAGGAGGAGGUGAGGAGGAGGCUGGAGGAGGCCACCGCCAGAAUCGUACAGUUGGAGGAGGAUUUGAUUGGAGUCACACAAAAGGGCCUUCAAAAGGAAACUGAGCUUGACACUCUGAAAGAUAGGGUGAAGAAAAUCACAGUAGAGAAGGAGGCUCUUGAAUCUCACCUGAAGAAUGAGAAAGACGAGAAGGAACUUUACAAGAUUCACCUGAAAAACCGGGAGCUUGAAAACACCAAGCUGAGUGCUGAGCUGCAGAUGCUGAAGUCAGUGGAUGUAAACAAGGAAAACACCAUUGCUCAGUUUAAAGAGGAGGUGGGCCGCCUGCAGACAUGCCUUACAGAGAAGGAGAAACAAUACAGAGAGAUCCUGGCCAAACUUUCCCCCUUGGGAGACCUGAAGGCCCUGAAAGAGCAGCUCCGGCAGAAAGAGGAGCAGCUCCAGGCCAACCAGCAGCAGUCGUCUCUGCUGGCUGCUGAGCUGAGAGACGCCUCCAGCACUCGAGACCGCACCAUGUCAGAGCUGUACCACAUGAAGCUCGAGGCGGAUGCACUUCGCAAGGCCAAAGCCGACGCUCAGGCUCAAUGUGUCUGCCUGGAGCUGCUGGUCGAGCAGAUGAAGGCAGAAGCCAAGCAGGAAGCGGCUAAAGUGGAGGAAGAAGCGUCCACGGACCCGGCUGUCAUGGCAGAGCUACAGAGAGAGGUGGAGGACCUGAAGCUGCGGCUCCACAUGGCUGCAGAGCACUACAAGGAAAAAUACAAGGAAUGCCAACGACUGCAGAAACAAGUGCUCCGACUUUCUGAACAUCAAGGGGAAGAAAAGGAGCGUAGCUGCAUGUUUGCUGAUGAGUUGGCCAAGCAGGAGUUGAAGCUUAAGGAGCAACUGAAGACCAACGAGAAUCUGAAGCUGCAGCUGGCGGAGUCAGAAGAUCGUUACAAGAGCCAGGUAGCUGAGAAAGGACGGGAGCUGAAGGAGCUGAAGGACACACUUGUGCUUGUCAUGAAGGAGAAAGAAAAACUGGAGGGGGAUCUCCAGACAAGUAGCAACAGGAAAGAUGAUCAGGGGGCCACUGAGAAAAUCACUUUGGAGGACCUGCCCAGUGUGCCUUUAAUCCUCCAGUAUCCUGUUCCUUACGCCCAUGAUACCCCCACCCCUCUGCUGGUGGCUCAGAGUCCUAGCAAGCUGCACUUUGGGAACCCGUACUCUGCCUCAGACUCGAAAGAUGAGACCGAGGAGGAGGAGUUCUCAGAUGAUCAGCCGCUUAAGCUGCCCCCUGUGGGCCCACCCUCCUGGGACAGCAACGUGGUCUGCAUCCAACCCACCCGCAAUCACAGCCGGCCAGAAGACCACGAGGAGUCAGAGGAAAAUAACAAUGUUAAUACCAUUGAGCAGCCUGCAGCAACAGAGACUCGUAGCUCAUUUGUGAACGAUGGACAAAAUGCCUUCUGCUUUGAUCCCAGCAUGGACAUGAAACGGUGUCCGCUCUGCGAAGUCAUCUUCCCACCCAACUACGACCAGAGCAAGUUCGAGGAGCACGUGGAGAGCCACUGGAAAAUCUGCCCCAUGUGCAGCGAGCAGUUCCCGCUGGACUGCGACCAGAAGGUGUUCGAGAACCACGUGCUCACUCACUUCGACGGCCACCUGCUCAACUUCGACUGAGCGAACAGGAAGAUCAGCACAUCCAGUCCGCCAUGUUUCUGUCAACACACUGAAACGAAUCACCCUGAACUCUCCCCUGCAUGUGACCGCGUGAAGAUCCUCUCUUAAGGACAACUCCGACUUCUGCUUUCUCACCUGGCCGACAAUUAACAAACGUUUCUAAUUCAGUUUGUAACGCAGGGCUUAAGAACCUUUUUUUUUCUUGUUUAAAAAAAUUCUCUUUUGUUUCAAAUUUAAGAUGAAGACUGUUUAACGCAUAAAUAUAUAUUUUACUGAUUUGAAAUAAACUUGGUUUUCUUAGAUCACAGGAUGUAACUUAUCAGGGAAAGAGCUGAGUGUUUACCAAACUGACAUUAAAAAAAACAUAAAAAUGCUUCCCCCUCUUUGCUUUGCUGUUCAAGUCAUCGGUUUCUAGAGAGCAGCUUUGGUGCACUAUAUUCAGUCAGGGAGAAAUCUUCAGUAACUAGAUCCAUACAUGAUUAUACAGUAUAUCUUCAGAUCAUUUAUUUUAGACGAUUUAAAGACAAUAUUGUGACCACCUUGAUACUUUUUGUGCAUUAUGUAGAUUUUUAUGUAGGUUUCUUUUUUUUUUGUUUUGAUUCUGAUCGUCUCUUAAAACAAUGUUCUUCAUGUCAGCUAAUCAGUGCAUGCAAAGCUUUUUGUUCAWUUCUUUUUCUUUUGCUCUUUUCUGUUGCAGUAAUAAGUUAUUUCAUUCAUUUAAAAAAACAAAUCUUUCAUUAGUUUAGUGAGUUUCAUGUAUCUAAAAUGAACGAAUAAAAGUCUCUUCGAAGUCUAA